UGACGAUACUCUGAAAACACAAAGCAUCCAUCGGGUCUCAGUUCCCGUAUCGCGUCCUCUGUGCUCGCUUCGUUGAUAUCCGUGCUGGUGAUACACCGUGAAGCUAUCUGCAUGUGCUUUACCCCUUCUCGCGCAAUACUUAAACCGGAUUGUGAUAAAGAAGAACAGAAAGAAGGCAGCAUGGUGGUGUAAUUCAGCUGUACUCGAAUAAAUAUACCGCGAAGACUAUGAUUCUGUGGACAUUAUGUUGCCUGAAUGUUUUAACGGUUUCAGUCUUAUGUCGAAGCACGGGAAACGCUGACAAAAGUGGUUGGAAUUUCGACCCAAAUACGCAGUAUCAUAUUCAGACGGAUGAGGGUCCCGAGAGGCAUUUCCGGUUUCAAACGUUGAACGGACAAUACAGGAAGGAGAAAAGGUUGGUCGAUGGCACUGUUAUCGGCACGGAGGGCUGGCUGGACCCUUUAGGGUACUUGCGACUCAAGGAUUACGUGGCUGAUCACAACGGGUUUCGAAUAUUAAGAUCAAAAAUGGUGUACGUGGGCAAAGACAGACCCAUGUACGAUGCAAUGGCGGAAGCGAAAAGGGUGCCUGCCCAGAGUGGAAUUCUCGUCGAACCUACACCACCGCCAAAUCCUUUCAGACAGUGGAAAGGAAGCAACGUGUCACCUUUGCUUGGCAACGAAAUAAACUCUGGCUAUUACGUCAGUACCACGGCCAAUCCUCGAGUGGACGUUUCUCCUAUAUCGAGCUCGAGCAACGAUUACUACAACGCGGCAAAUCGAGGAAGUUUUUCCUCGGGGCAACGAAAUCUGCAAAAUUCCCAGCUUCCGAACAAUUAUUACAAUUACCACCAACGACCACGGGACGGGGCUACCGGUCCUUACAACCAUUUGCAGAAGAACCAUCGACUAGCGACACCUGCAUCCCAAAGCAGUUCGACCGACGCGCCACCAUACGACGGGACACACACCGUUGCGAACGGAUUCCAAUAUUAUCUGAAGAGGCAGUAUCACGAGGAGGAACAGGACGCCAGAGGAGGAAACGUUGGGUCUUUCGGUUACAUCGAUCCGUUUGGUAUUAGAAGAGUAAUUUAUUAUAAGACGGAUCCUCAAAGCAACGGUUUCGUUCACCAGAAGAACAAUAAAUACGUGGGUUUCGCAGCGACGCCUUACGACCCGUCGCCACCUACAUUAUACAGACAGAGAUCAAGAAGAUACACAAAGUAAUAUAAACUAUCUCGCUGAAGCUAUACCGAAUGCCGUGGAGAAAUCGUAAGGUCUCUCCAAAGGUUAACAGUAGGUGCCAUGUUUUGACUAUCUUAUUAUUUAUAAGGUUCCAGUAAAUUUAAAUAAAUCCGACGACUUUGUGCGAAUACUGUAAUUCUGUUAAAAUAAAUUAAAGAACGACGACGUACGAUGAAUUUACAAACGCGUGAACAAGGCUGAUCGUGUUUGUUUAUGCUCGUCGAGGAUUAGUAUGAUUAAGCAGUUUUCCAUUAUUAUGUUUUAUUACGUUAACAAAACAUAUUUACACUGUUAAAUAUAUCGCACCUGUGUUGGAAAUUGUGUUACUUUGUAAGGAAAAAGUAUUACAUAAAUUAAGCAUUUAACACAAAAUUUAUGCAUGUUUUAUUUUUGGCAAUAAUGUGAGAAAUUUCGUUUUCAAGUGCUAUGGGAUACCACCUGGAGUAUCUUCGUCGUGUUUGAUAGUACAAAAGAUUUUCUAAGAAUUAUGUUUAAAAAAUAGCUUGUACUCGGAAUUAAAAUGUAUAUUUGUCUGCGGACAACAUUUAUAAAAUCAUUUUCAUUUAUUACCCAAACAGAAAUGACUUUGUGAAAUGAAUUGUAAACGACUAGAAUGGCAGAAUGUUUUGUGGACAACAGAGUUUGGGAUAUUUUUAUUUAGACAUCGAUCGUCGAUAAAUAGAACUUACUUCGUCUAGAAAAUUUCUUCGUCAUCGAGCGCCUAUCAACGCAACCGAGCAUUCACGACGCGCCUGCGCAGAACUUACGACGGAUUUUCGGAAAGUAA